ACAUGCUUCAGUUUCUGUCUCGUCUUCUACAGUCCUGUGGGGUUCAGUGAUUGCAGCAUUGUUGUUAUUUUUGUUGUUGUCGUCGUUGUCGUGGAGGAAAUUUUGAGCACCACCUUCGACUGAGCGGCGGGUGUGUGAGAGGGUUUGUUGGAUUAGGUUGAAUAGUGUGGGACGGUUGCCUUGCACUUGUGUGAUUGGGGUGUCACUCAACUGGCUGUGGUCGAGACUUGAUUCUUAGGUUUCCUUGCACUGCUUCCUAGGUGGUCUUCAUUUGUGAGAUCUACUCAUCAGUAUGGCAGAUUUGAGACAAGACUGGGAGCCUGUGGUUGUCAGGAAGAAGGCCCCAACUUCGUCUGCAAAAAAAGAUGAGGGUGCUGUUAAUGCAGCGCGACGAGCUGGCGCCCCUAUCGAGACCAUUAAGAAAUUCAACGCUGGAUCAAACAAGGCAGCUACUAGUGCGACUGGCUUGAAUACAAAAAAGCUUGAUGACGAGACAGAUGUUCUUGCUCACGAGAAAGUGCCUUCUGAACUCAAGAAGAACAUUAUGCAGGCGCGGUUGGAUAAGAAGAUGACACAAGCUCAACUUGCACAGCUCAUUAAUGAAAAGCCACAAAUUGUUCAAGAGUAUGAGUCGGGAAAAGCAAUUCCCAACCAGCAAAUUAUCGCGAAGUUGGAACGUGUUCUUGGCGUGAAGUUGCGAGCCAAAAAAUGAAUAUUAAUGUGGAUUGUGUCCUCAAGCUCUGGAUACCACUGGUUGUGGAACGUUUUGAAGCUUUUGAGCUCCUUUCCACGUACUGUCGGUUGCGAGCCAGAAGGUAUUAAACAUAGUCAGGCUGAGGAUUGAUACUGUUUAUGGGAAGGAGUUUUAACUUAUAAUGACUUGAUUUUGCAUGUUGACUAUUUCUUGUAAUUGGAAGUUGUGCUAGUUCAGGAGUGAACCUCACUAGUUGUAAAGCUGUAGUAUUGUGGGUGUUUGUAUGGAAGUCUUCUCCGACUUACUUGCUUCUAGUGGCGCACGAGAGGUAUUAACAAUGAAAUUAUGCUUCAAAUGGAUUAUAUUGAGUAUUGUAGAGCGCCUCA